CAGAAGAUGCUGAGGGGGUCUCCUUACCCCACAAUGAUGCACUUGUGAUCACAUUGGAGGUGGCAGGGUUCGAUGUGAAGAGGGUGUUCAUCGACAUGGGUAGCUCGGUUGAUAUCAUCUUCUAUGAUUGCUUUGCGCAGAUCAACAAGCACCUAAAUUUGGAGCUGAAGCCGGUGGCAACAGAAUUGUAUGGUUUUAAUGGUGGCGAGGUCAUGCCCAUGGGCGAAGUUAGCCUAACGGUAGCGAUGGGAUCGGGGAACACGAGGAAAGUGUGCAUGGUGAGAUUCAUAGUGGUGGGUGCAGAGUCGUCUUACAAUGUCAUCUUGGGAAGGACCGGGUUGAAUGCUUUCCAAGCAGUUGUGUCUACAUACCACAUGACGAUCAAGUAUCUGGUGGGCGAAAAUGUGGGCGAGGUUGCUGGGGACCAGCUUACGUCGAGAAGCUGCUACCAGACGACAGUCAGCAACAAUAAACAGUUGGCGAAGAAGCAUCCGAUUGGCCUCCUGCAACCACUGCCGAUUCCGAGGUGGAAGUGGGAGGAAGUCACGAUGGACUUCGUUACGGGAUUGCCGAAGUCGUCUGAACAUCACGACGCUAUUUGGGUCGUGGUCGACAGGUUGACUAAGGUCGCGCAUUUCUUACCCGUUUCGAUGAGGAUGUCUUUGGAUAAGUUGGCUGAGAUAUAUACCCGUGGGAUCAUUCGACUCCACGGAGUGCCUGUCACUAUUGUUUCAGAUAGAGAUCCCAGAUUC